CGACAAGAACCACAUGCACUUCGGGGCCAUCACCUGCGCCAUGGGCAUCCGGUACAAGUCCUACUGCUCCAACCUGGAGGAGAUGUUGAAGGAGAUGCGACACGGAACCAAGCUCUGCGACGUCUACGGCGCCGUGAUGGACGUGGUGAAGAAGCAGAAGCCGGAGUUGUUGAGCAAGAUCACCAAGAAUUUGGGCUUCGCCAUGGGCAUCGAGUUCAGGGAGGGCUCCUUGGUCAUCAACAGCAAGAACCAACACCGGCUGAAGAAGGGUCCUCUUCACCCCAAUGAGAUCCUUUUCACCUCAAAGAGGUCCUCUUCCACCCCAACGAGAUCCUCUCCUUCUACCCCAAACGAGGUUCUCUUGGACCUCAACGAGGUCCUCUCCUUCCACCCCAACAAGGUCGUCUUCACCUCAAAGAGCUCCUCUCCUGUCAUCCCACCAAGGUCUUCUCCUUCCACUCCAAACAAGGUCCUCUUGCGCCCCAAACGAGGUCUUCUUCACCCCAACAAGAUCUUCUUCAUCCCAAAAGAGGUCCUCUUCACCUCAAUGAGGUCCUCUUCCACCCCAACGAGGUCUUCUCCUUCCCCCCCAAUGAGGUCCUCUUCUUCACCCCAACGAGGUCUUCUUCAUCCCAAACCAGGUCCUCUUCACCUCAAAGAGCUCCUCUUGCACCUCCAUGAGGUCCUCUUCCACCCCACCGAGGUCUUCUGCUUCCACCCCACCGAGGUCUUCUGCUUCCACCCCACUGAGGUCCUCUUCACCCAAAGAGGCAUGGUCUUCAGCAUCAACGUCGGCUUCUCCGACCUGACCAACAAGGAGGGCAAAAAACCCGAGGAGAAGACCUACGCCAUGUUCAUCGGGGACACCGUGCUGGUGGACGAG